UGAUUAUCACUUUAUCACUGUAGAAAUAUAUCUAUAUAUAUAUUUGUAAUUGUGCUGCAAUAUUAUCAUCGGCCAUCGUCUUCUUCAUCCAGCCAGAAUCGACACUGUGUAAAGAAAAGAAACAUGAGCAGAAUUUGUGGCACCGAACAGCCACUUGUUUUUCGUGAUUCCAAAAAUACUGCUUCAAUCCCAUUGCUCCAAGACCCCAUCGUCAAUCUUGAUCAUGGAGAUCCGAUGAUGUAUGAGUCUUACUGGAAAGAGGUGAGCGAUAAGUAUGGGGUGAGCACCGCCAUCCCCGGGUUUCAAUGCCUUAGUUAUUUCGCCAAUGCAAAAGGACUUUGCUGGUUUCUGGAGCCGAAGCUCGAAGAAGAAAUAAAGAGGCUGCACAACAACGUCGGAAAUGCACUUGUAAGAGAUUGUCAUGUCGUGGUCGGGACAGGCUCGAGCCAGCUCAUUCUAGCUGCAUUAUAUGCACUCUGCGACUCUUUAAACGAACCACAUCCUAUCGAUGUCGUCUCAGCCUUUCCAUACUACUCCUCAUAUCCGGAGAUGAUAGAGUUUGUAAAGUCGGGGCUCUUCAAAUGGUCGGGAGACGCUCGUGGCUUUGAUGAUAAGGAUGGGAGGCCGUACAUAGAAAUUGUGACCUCUCCCAAUAAUCCCGAUGGACUUGUAAGAGAAGCCGUCGUUAACGGACAAGGAGGGAUGCUUGUUCACGACCUUGCCUACUACUGGCCACAGUACACAGCCGUGACUUCCCCUGCCCAUCACGACAUUAUGUUGUUCACUGCUUCUAAGUGCACGGGACAUGCAGGAUCACGUAUCGGAUGGGCACUUGUUAAAGAUGAAAAGGUUGCGAGAAAAAUGGUGAAGUUCAUAGAGAUCAAUACCAUUGGUGUGUCCAAAGAAGCACAGCUGAGAGUAGCCAACAUACUCGAAAUUGUUUCUCUAAGCUGCCAAAGGCACAAGCCUCGGGAGCUCGAGAACUUCUUCGAACACAGCCGGAAUCUUUUGGCCAAGAGAUGGAGGAAGCUAAGGGAAGCCGUUGAGAACACUGAUAUCUUCACCAUCCCUAAAUUCCCCCGUCGGUACUGCACUUACGCCCGAGACUUCACCGAACCAUAUCCUGCUUUUGCUUGGAUUAAAUCGAAAGAAGGCACAGACUGCGAGAAGCUGCUGCGAGGGCAGUGUAAGACUAUGACAAGAAGUGGAGAGCGAUUUGGGAGCGACAUAGAGUAUGCGAGAAUAAGCAUGUUGAGUAAGGACGAGGAGUUUGAAAUGUUUGUGCGGAGACUGGCUGCCAUAAAGAUGUAAGGAGAAAGGUUGUGUUUGUGCUUUCGAUAUGUCUCUAUCUGCACCCAGGUUACUAUAUAUCCAAUGUGGUGAGAAGAAGAAGAAGAUGAUGAUGCAAUGCAGACUUUCCUGAUUAAGGUUUUUCAUUACAUGCAGCAGCUGUGGCUGUUGCCAUUUCUUUUAGUUUCUGUAAGAACUGUAAGCAAUACAUUCGUUAUACUUGUUGACGAUUUUAAA